CGCUUUCUGGAACGCGCAUUCGGAGACAAAAUGCUAGUGAGGUGAUCUCUGAAAUUUCUAUCAUACUAGUUUUUGUUUCGUGUUUGUAACUGUCUUAGAAAGGCAUAAUUUUUAUUUAUGUUUAGUUAAACUUAGUGAAUUUUUCUUAUUUAUAAAAAUAGUAAAUGUACUCCUUUUAUUUUAAACCUGAGUCAGUCUUCUCUUUAUAUUUUUCUAAUAUUUAAUGUUUCAAAAGCACACUGUUUAAAUUAUUGCAUCUAGCCGAUUAUUGAAAACAAAGUUUUUUGUAGAUAAUGCGGAAGAAUAUUUAUUCAUAAAAAAAUCAAACAACUUGUUGAGUUUAAAUUAUCUGCUGAGAAGUGCGAGUGCAUUGUCCUUUUUGGUUCCCUAAUCAAUGUCAUGCCUGCCUGAUUGUGGUUGUCCAAAAGCUGUUCAAGAGUCAACAGUUGAAGGUGAUCUUGCUCAUGACGAAUCAGCUUACAGACCUUUAUCUGAAUCCAUUCCUCUCUUACCCAAAGAUACCACCAUGAUUACUUAUGAUGCUGAUUCUUGUCAAUACGCUAUCGUGGCUAUUAUUGGAAAAGGGUUGGAUGGUGCUGCUGUUAUUUCUGGUGCUCAACAUAUCCCUACUGGACAAAAGGUUGCUAUACGUCGGAUUGAUUUGGAACUAUGUCCAGAAGAUGUUACCUAUAUUCAAAAAGAAAUUCUUAUUAUACGCCAAUUAAGACAUGAGAAUAUAUUACCUUAUUAUUGUUCUUUUGUGUGUCACAAUGAAGUCUGGUCUGUUAUGCCAUUAAUGUCGUAUGGAUCUGCUAGAGAUAUUAUGUAUUCCCAUUUCUCUGAAGGACUUCCUGAACUGGCUAUAAGUUUAGUUUUAAAAGAUAUUCUGGCAGCUCUGGACUAUGUUCAUAAACGAGGAUAUAUACAUAGAAGUGUCAAAGCUAGCCAUAUACUUAUUUCAUCUUCUGGGAAAGCACUCUUGUCUGGGCUUCGCUAUUCCUGCAACGUCAUAAAAAAUGGUAAAUGGCAGAAUUCUAUUCACUGUUUCCCUUCAGACUCUGUGUCAAACUUAAAUUGGCUUAGUCCCGAGUUACUCGAACAAAAUUUAAUGGGUUAUAACUCAAAAUCGGACAUAUAUAGCCUAGGUAUUACUGCUUGUGAACUAGCUAAUGGUAUUGUCCCCUUUGCUGAGAUGGCUCCCACUCAAAUGCUGUUGGAGAAACUUCAAGGUUACCAUCCUCGUCCUUUAGAUUCACGUACUUUUUACGAUACUGAUGAUGUGCAAUCGCAAAAUAAUUUAGCAGAUGCUUAUCGCUUGCGAGAUUUCACUGAUGCUUUUCAUAUUUUUACUGAAUUGUGUUUGCAAAGAGAUCCUUCCAGGAGACCUACCGCAUUGCAAUUAUCGCGGCAUUUGUUUAUAAAACAAUGUAAAAAAUCAAACAUUGCUUUACCAGACAUUUUAGCAACAGUUACUCCAAUUUCAGAUCGCAUUUCUCUUCCCAAAGAAGAUAGUGAGAAAUUUAUGUUGGAGGACAAAUUGCAAGAGUUAGCUUUAAAUGAGCCUUGGAAUUUUGAUUCCUAGUUAAUAUACAUAUUUCUAACAAUCAAUUUUAUUCUUUAAACUUUUCAGUUUUCUUAGAUUAAAUGUAUGUAAAUAAAAUAAUAAUUUUUUCUCUCUUUGUUUAUUCAAGAGAUUGAUUA